AUGGAUAGUGCUGUAUCACAGAGUUAUGAAACACAUCGUGGAGAUCGAGUGCAGAUGGUGAAAGAUAAGAUGUUUACCGUGGAUUACAAGAUCUCGUAUAAUUCACCAUGUAAUGGUUACGACGCUGGCACAUCUUCUGAUUCCACCAUAUUCAGUUCAACUGCUCUCUGUGCAUCGACGUACACCUUUUUUGAUAAGGGUCUCAUAAUUGACCACAUCAACUAUGUCGCAGACGACCGUUCCAAAGCUAUGGCUUCGCGUCUCGUUCAACUUUGCGACGAUUUCGAUCGCGAGUUUUUCCAGGCCCAGUUAGCGAAACCCCGCCUACUACAGUAUGCCACUGCAGCGGAUGAAGUCAAGAAAUAUGAUGGAACUUUCCUUUCUGAUAAGUCAACAACAACUAUUCACUUUCUCAUGUCAAUACAUUGUUCUGACAGUCCUUUGUGGACUAUCAUAGGAAUCAUAGGCCUUAUGCAUCUUACAGCAGCUCGAACAUGCGAAGAUAGCGAUCAAAGGAAUGAAAUCAUGUGGUACUUCGACAAAGUCGAAAGGACCUGCUUUGCGUAUCCGGUAGAUUGCGAAACUCCGCUUCAGGUAAGAGCACAGUUCUACUCCACCGAAGAAGAAUGUACGCUGGAAGAAAUGCCAUUCCAGUGGAGGAGGUUCACACUCUCGUGCCCAUCCACACUUCAACUAGCGGUCUACUACCGAAGUAAUGACGAUCCAGUUCCGUACAUAUUUUCACCAUGGUUGUGUCGAAGAUUUAAUGGAAUGAUGAGAUCCGAUAUAUGCACAUCCUCUGAAUACUGUUACAAACAUGAAAGCUUCGCAUACUGUUGCAAUAAAAGAGCAUUCGUGGGAGAUGCGCCAGUUGCCGGGAUUUUCACUCAGUCUGGGAUUGGUGGCGCUGAAGCGCACAUUGUAAACGCCUCUAUCUUUUCGCCACCACCAGCUAUUCCAAAUGACUGUAACACAGAUGGUGAUAGGAGAGGAAUUGAGUGGUAUCCUCAUACUGGAAUGGCCUGUCUUGCAAGGAGAUCAGACUGCAAACAUCCAGCAUUUCCUGUAGAAGAGGCCAAUCAAACUUACGAUACCCAACAAGAAUGCAUGAACGCACAUUUUCCAUAUUGGAAAAUGUCAUAUCAGCUAACCUGCAUGAACGGAUUUACACCAAUAAGUCUUGGAAACACUCCGCUGGUCUUCAGCAAAACCCUAUGCGGCUCGGCUCAUCAUUCAGAUGUUUGUAAUCGGGACGAGUACUGCGCCUAUUCCAAUAGGACUCCUGUUGGAUUUUGCUGCCGAUUGUCCGGAAAUGCAUCUACGAUCUCGUAUACCGUCUACGGCAACAAAUUUCGAAGGCAAAGAGCUUACAGAAAAAUUAAGAUAUUUGUAGUUUGA